UCCAACAGCCCCUCAUUCAGACAUCCACCUCCAACAGCAACCCAGUUCUUUCAGCUAGAUCCUCGGACAACGUCCACCAUGAGCAAGUCCUUCUCUUCCCAAUCCGCCCAGUCAGCCUCUUCCUACCGCCGGACCUUCGGCUCCGGUGUUGGAUCCACCCCAGGCAUGUCCUCUAUGUUCUCCCACGGCGGACGCGGCUCCUCCGGCUCCUCCGGCUCGGCCAUGUCCUCCAGAGUGUACGAGAUGACCAAAACCGCCGCCCGUCCCAGCUACUCCUCCGGCAGCAUUCGUUCCUCUUCCGGCGGCGCGAUGCGCUCGUACGCUGGGAUGGGAAAGCUGGACUUCAACCUGGCCGACGCCACUAACCGCGACUUCCUGGACACCAGAACCAAUGAGAAGGCAGAGUUGCAACACCUGAACGACCGGUUCGCCAGCUACAUCGAGAAGGUCCGUUUUCUAGAGCAGCAGAACGCUACUCUGGUGGUGGAGAUCGAGAGGAUGAGGGGUCACGAGCCGACCCGCGUGGCCGAGAUGUACGAAGAGGAGAUGAGAGAGCUGAGGCGUCAGGUGGAGGGCAUGUCCAAUGACAGAGCCCGCAUGGAGGUGGAGAGAGACAACUUGGCUGAUGACCUGCAGAAACUGAAACUCAGACUGCAGGAGGAGAUCCACCAGAAGGAAGAUGCAGAGAACAACCUGUCUGCCUUCAGAGCUGAUGUGGACUCUGCCACGCUGGCCAGGCUGGACCUGGAGAGACGCAUUGAGAGUCUGCAGGAGGAGAUCACCUUCCUUAAGAAGAUCCACGAGGAGGAGAUCCAUGAGCUGACGAGCCAGAUGCAGGAGACCUCGGUGCAGGUCCAGAUGGACAUGUCCAAACCAGACCUGACCGCUGCCCUCAGGGACAUCCGUAUGCAGUACGAAGGCAUCGCAGCCAAGAACAUCUCAGAGGCAGAGGACUGGUACAAGUCCAAGGUGUCAGACCUGAACCAGGCUGUGAACAAGAACAACGAUGCUCUGAGACAGGCCAAACAGGAGAGCAUGGAGUUCAGGCAUCAGAUCCAGUCCUACACCUGUGAGAUCGACUCUCUCAAGGGAACCAACGAGUCUCUGCUGAGGCAGAUGAGGGAGAUGGAGGAUCGUCUGGGAAACGAGGCUGGAGGUUACCAGGACUCCAUCAUCCGUCUGGAGGCUGAGAUCGCCAAGAUGAAGGAUGAGAUGGCUCGUCACCUCAGAGAGUACCAGGACCUGCUCAAUGUCAAGAUGGCCCUGGAUAUAGAGAUCGCUACCUACAGGAAGCUACUGGAGGGAGAGGAGAGCAGAAUCACUGUAUCUGGCUCCCAGUCUUCUCACUCUGGUUCCCACUCUGCUGCCUCAUUAUAUUCCACUGUUGGAUUCAGAGAGACCAGCCCAGACGUCGGACGAUCAGCAGAGGUCCACUCCAAGAAGACAGUCCUGAUAAAGACCAUCGAGACCCGCGAUGGAGAGAUUACAUAUUCUAUGAGAGAUGGUGCUAGUGCUCUGUGUGUGGUCAGUGAAUCUACACAGCACCAGCAGGACAUCAUGUAAACAACAACAAAAACAACAACAACAUCAACAACAACAUCAACAACAACAACAUCAACAACAACAACAUCAACAACAACAACAUCAACAACAACAACAACAACAACAUCAACAACAUCAACAACAACAACAACAACAUCAACAACAUCAACAACAACAACAACAACAUCAACAACAACAUCAACAACAAGCUUAAAUUAGGAAAAAAAAUGGACGCUUACAUACCAAGAUACGAGGGGUUCUCUAGCUACCGUUUCUAAGCAAAGCCUCGUUUUAAAAAGGUCUCUUUUUUUUGAGAGGGAGUGAGUUAUGAACACCUUACGAAGCGUUAUAACCACCUUAUGAAGGGUUAUAUCCACCAUAGGAAUGUUUAUAACUCGUGAACUCCUACUAAUCAGACGUUAUAUGACCCAUCACCGAAGGAGAAGAACAUAAGAAGACAAUGUUAUGUUACAGUAAUCAGAAGGUAAUGUUACAGUCAUCAGAAGGUGGGAACAAGGUGGAGUGAAAGUCAAGUCAGGCCCUGGCCAGAACAGAACAUGCAUGGCUAGAAGGGAUCUCCAGAAUGUCAAGAGAUGGAUCUCUGUAGUGCACGUCAAUGUGUGGGUGGGUCUCUUUGCUUCACAAUGUUUCAAAGUGGCCAAUGAUUUGAAAUAAAAAAUAUACUGUACCUUCAAAAGAGAA